GUAACGAUAACAGCUAUUGCGGAUCAUCCGACAAAACAUCUGUGUGUACAGUCGACUUCGUUAUGUACCGUAAGCAAGAAAUGGCUUUCACCAGUAUCAUUGUCUUACUUGCUGUGUUCCACUUGAGCCGUGCGAUCGUAGAUACAUAUCAUUACAAACAAAACGAGACAGUAGAUGCUAAAAAUGAUCUGGCCAACUAUGCCUACGAUAACUCCCAAGACGAAUUUCUGAAGAAAUACACUGGGGACCGAGCUGAGGAAUGUAAAUCCCAGUUGAAAAAACAAAAGUGGUAUGGAUUUAAAAGUGUGUCCCUUCAAACUAUGAUGAUUGGCAACGUGGGGCAGAUCAAAAGUAUUGACAAGGACUGGUACGAUGCUGUGCAAACUUGCAAGGGAGAUUCUUCAUGUAUUCAAGACAAAAACGACACUUGGAAAACAAAGUUAGAUCAAUUUGUGUGUUCAGCAAAAAUAAAACUAGAUGCAAUGAAGCGUACAAAUCAGCUACGAGAAAAGCGCUUCAUGGAUGCAUGUACUAAUGACUGUAAUAGCAGUUCAUAUGAAUUAAAUAUGCGCUAAUUAUAAUGCAAAGUUAUAUAAUUUAUAGCUGCGUGUAUGCUUGUGAGAUACAUUUACUAAAGUAGAAAUGUUUAACGCAAAUAAAAUACAGUAAUGUAAAGUAUUUCUGAAU